AAAAGGAAAAUCCUUGUUGUUUAUGUGAUGCUCUGGAGAAGGAUUCUAAAAGAAAAAGUUAAGUCAUUUCGUUAAAGAAUGCUUGGCAUCGUGGAAGAUGGUGAGAUUGAGGCGGCACAUGUAUCUGGAAAGCCAAGUGUCAAGACUGAUGAGGACAGCCUGGAUAAAGCCGACUCGGGGAUCUAUGAUGAGCACAAUGCAGAGAAACCAUCUGACACAAUCGAUGACCAACUGGAUUGUGAUCAGAGUGAUGAUGAUGAUGAUCAUGUGGUCCGAAGAAAAAGUCAAAAAAAGUCGCUCCUCAACCUCUCCGCUGAUGAAGAUGAUAGCUGUGGUGUAGUUGAUGAUCCACAAGGUAAUCUUACCAAAGAUAUCCUGGUGACCAGAAAGUUGGUUAGUUUGUUUGCCAUUACCUGGCUGUUGACAACAACAGAGGAAGCAUUGACUCAGGUGACAAAUCAGGAGUCUGAUGAAGGGUUAGAGAAGAGAGAUGAUACGGAUAGUGAUGAGGAUGGAAUGUCAUUGUCAGCUGUCCUUUUAAAGAAAAAGAAAAGUCGCAUUAAGAGGGGAACAUUUCUUGGGAAUGAUGAUGAUGACAGUUGUGAUUCAGCAAAGGGAAGAGAUGAGGAGGAUGAAAGCAAUGCAGGGAAAAUGACCUUUGACAGCACAAUCUUUGAUGCAGAGACUGACAGUGAUGAGGAUGGAAAUGUGAGAAAGCAUGAUGAUUCUGAUGAUGAAAGUAGCAUGGAGUCUGAUAAUCGGGGCUAUUCUGAGUCAGACCGAGAAGAGCAGCCAAUCAGUGACAAACUCAAAGCCAGGCUGAAAAAGGGUGCUGCUAAGAAACCGUCAACCCGUAAACAGAAGAAGGCUGAGAUGGAAGAGAGACAGGAAAUACACAGUGAAACUCAGAGGCUAAUAAGAGAGUCGAGAGUAAACAUUCCUUAUCACCAGCCAAAGCCCAAGUCUUUGAGUGACUUUCUGAACAGUGCAGCUCAGAAACAGUCAGCCCUCAAGACUCUGAAAGGCGCUGCUGGCUUCAGGAGCAUCUCAUGGUAUGAGGAGAAGGAAAGAGAAAGAAAUAAACGGCGAGAGGAAUUGAAAAAACAAAAAGCGUUGGCAAGCAAGGAAGAUAAAAAUGUUGAGGUUAAGGAAAGUGAAGAGGUUGUGGGUUCAUCCAGUAGUGACCCUGUUGAACAAAAGGUAGUGCUGGAAAAAGCUGCUGAGAGAGUAAGUCUCUUACAGGAGGAAGAUUUCGACACCCUCCCGGACUUAGUUGUGGAAAUGGACACUAAUAAUGAAGAACUUAGAGCUGAAGCAGCAUUGUGUGUUGAUCUAGCAGUGAAGGAGCUACCAGAUAUUAUCUCCAAGCCUUUGACAUUACAAGUGGAGAAUACAGUAGUCAGUGCAGAGUGUACAUUGACUGGAUCAAGUGGUAAUGAGGCUAGAAUUCAGAAUUCAAAUGCAGAUGUCUCGCCUAAUACCAGCAGUAUUCAGUUGUUUGAGGACCCAGAGGAAGGUGCGUUUGCUGCAGCUAUCUCCCCUGAUGAAUGUGACAUCAACAUGCUCAACAAUAUUCUUAAAACUGAAAGGACAAACAGUGCUGCAAAUCCUGUAACUGAUAACAGUGAGCUAAGGACAGAUAUUGUGGGUCUGACAGUGGAGUCCGUGUAUGGUAAUGAGAAGACAAGUGUUACUCUAAACCAGAAGGCCCUGUCUGUGGCUGACUUGAAGACCCUUACGCCGAAGCUGAGUGGCUCUCCCCACAUGGUGAUCAGUCUGGAUGAUGGUGAUGGUCGGCAGACACCCACUAACCCAGGGGUGGUCAGCCUUAUGUCCAGAUUUCUACAACACUCCAAGAAGAAGAAACCUCAACAGAGCAAAGACCACAGUAUCAGUAUUGUACAAAAGGAGAUAGGCGUGGAUAAGAAGGAGGAGCUGAAGUUAACCACAGUGGUGUAUCACCCAGAACAACCGGAGGACCCUCUUUCUCAGUGUGACACACCAGGAGCGAAACUGUUGGCCCUGAAAGAGCAGCUGUCAGCUCAGAUGAGGGUCAAGAGGGAGGAGGCUCGCCAGAAGAGAGUGGAGCUGUACCAGUUGGAUAAUGAGGAGGGUUAUGAGGAGGGGAAUGCAGAAGAGGAAGAGGAGGCUGAGAUGACAGAUGGGAGUGAUACAGAGGAAGAAGAGGAUGGGGAUUAUAAACCAGGGGAUCAGAUAUCCUCGGCUGAGGAGGAAGAUGAGGACAUAGAUGAGGACGUAGAUGAAGGAGAUAGGGAGGUGAACCCCUUUGCUGAUGAGGAAGCUGAGGAUGAGGAUGACUGUGAUGCAGCUGAUUGUGAGAUAGGUGAUGAGGAGGAUAAAGCUGAGGCCAUUGAUGAUGAAGAGAACGAGAGCCUCAAGCUUACCUUGUCUGAUGAAGAGGAUACCAUGAAGGAGGACAAACACAAUGAUGACAUGGACAUGGAUGAAGAUGUAAUCAAGCCGUGCCAGAAAGUGAAGAAACCCCGAGCUCUCACUAUCAGUGAUGACGAGGAAUCGAAGGAUGGUCAAGAAGAAAAGGAAGAUGUUGAAAUGACUGUAGAAGCUGGGACAGAAAAUGAGAAGGAUGUCAGUUUUGAGGAAGACUGCAUGACUCCAUUCACCAAACAUAUAUCAUCAGCUACACAGCCAGAGAGCUGGACGUGUAAGAUUGCGCCACGCCCCCUCAGCCUGCCCAUUGAAGACUCUCAGGACCUGUACAGUACCACAGAGUCCAGUCAGCACAGCCAGCUGGCCCCGUCAGAUUCUCAGAGCCUUCACUUUCUGUCAGAGGACACUCAGUCACAGAUGCUUGAUGCUGAUGGGUUUCUGAAAGUAAAUUCUACUCUGAAGAAGCCCAAGCACAAGCCUGCCAGCCUGCUGGGUCCCUCAUUUGAGGAGUCCACCAUGGAUGAGUUGCUGGGGCUGUGCUCAGGGAGAUUUGGGGAUCCAUCCCAGAGUGCCCCUCCCCCAGGGGACAAGAGGACAAGCCGUAGCCUGUUCUGGCAGCCUGAGAUGGAGGAUGACAACGCUCACACAGGUGACAUGGAGGAACUGCUGGGGUUGUGCUCAGGAAGGUUCACUGACAGCUCACAGAUCAAGUCCUCACAGAAGAGGGGUAUAAAACGACGUCCUGUGGCCGAUGAUGCUGACAGUGACAACGAGAGCGAAACCUCCUUCACAUUCGUAUCUGAUGAUGAAGAGAAGGAAAACAGAGAUAAUAUGGCUGAACCAUUCAGUGAUGAGGAGGAAGACGGUGCCAGCAAUCAGCACGAUGAGGACAGUACUCUAAUGCCAGCUCCCAAGUUCCAAUGCUUUACACUGGGCAAGAAGAAAGGUGCAGGGAGAAUCCGCAGGGAGUUUGUGGAGGAUGAAGCUGAACUGUCAGGGAGUGAGUAUGACAGUGAUGAGGACCUUGACAUCCCUGAGGAGGAGGAUAUCUUGAUGGAGGAGGAGGGGGACAAAGACAUCAAUAUCAGUGAGGAGGAGCUACGUAACCAGGUCGGGCGUGUCCACAUGAAAAAACUGAUGGAUGAGGAUCAUCGUGAAAUGAUGCGUCUCCAGGAAAUGUACCUGCCAGACGGUGACCUCUACUCGGAGGGCAAAGGUCGCACGAGACGCUUCCGCUGGAGUAACAUAGAUGACACCCAGGAGGACAUGUUUGGGGCAGGGUCUGAUGAGGAGGGGGUGGGGGAGGAGGAUGGGGAGGCAGACAGUAAGUGGAGGAUGGAGAGACAUGAGCGAGAGAAGUGGCUCCAGGAGCAACAGGACAAAGAUGAAGCCGAUGACAGCAAUAGUCAGUUUGUGAAAUUUGGCAGGAUCGUCCUUAAGCAGAAAAACAAACCAGCUGUUCCUGAAGAAGAAUCCAAUGCAGACAUAAAUAAAAGUGACGAAGUGAAGAAAGUGAAGGCAAAUCUUCCAAAGUUAGCAUUGCCAUCUAACAGCAUAACGUCUCAGAAAAGAGGGUCUUUCCUCAGUCGAGGUAAGGAUAAGCUGGCUAAGAUAGCUGAGCUGACCAAGUCUGGGGUCAAUACUAAUGCAGCCAGAACCUCCAAAAACUUUGUCUUCAAACCCCUGUCUCCAGAGGCAGAAGCAAAGAAACUUAAGGCAAACUCCAAGUCUAAGGGCUCCUACAGUAUUCCCAGUGGCUCUCAACCCCCUAGUGCUAAACGUCAGAAAACCAUGUCAAUAAGUAGCUUCUCUCAAAACAGUAUCUUUAAUCAUCUCCAUUGAUCAGAGAGGAAAUCAGUUCAAGUCGGGCUGUCAAGUUGUAGGUACUGUUAAGUUGUAUGUACUUUGUAAUCUUCAUAAAGGAAAUUUUCCUUCAAACACUGAGGAUCGCAUAGAGAAAAUAUUGUGCGUGCUGGGUUACCCACUUAUGUAUGGUCCAUUGAGUAUCUGCCAAUAAUAACAGGAGGCUGAACAUUGUACGUACUUCAGGGUUCAGGUAUACAUAUAUUUAGUUCAUUAAAAAUAGUAUUCUGUUUUGCAAGCAGAGAAAGUUGCACAUUGUAUGUAAUGGGGAUUCAGUUGAAUAUCUAACCGCAAUAUCACUGAAAUACAUCCAAUGCAGUAUUAAGCCUCAAGCUUCCAUUCAUUGAAUGUCAGGUCUCCAGGGGUAGAAGCAAAGAAACUUCAGGUGAGUUUUACAUGUACACUCAACUGACCCGUGGACAAAAGAAGUCUGAGUUAUUUGUAGAUUCUUGUAGUGCACUCAACCAGCUCUUCCUAGAAUUUAAUUGAGUGACUUUGAAAUUUUGAUCUUUGAUAUUUUUAGGUGUGUAAGAAAAAUGUUUGUUAAAUUUGAAGAUCAUGCAUUCGUAGUGUCUCCAGAUCUUAUAAAAUAUGUAAAUUAGAUUUUCUGUUCUAUAACAUUUGUAUGUAAGAGAGAAAUAGUUGCAUGCGAUUUAUAUUACAGCAUACAUUUAGAGGAUAUUUAUAAAUGAAAAUAGUACUUGUUAGGGAACAUGUGUAAGUGCAUUGUACCUGGCGUAGUAUUAAUCACAUGAACAGUGUGUGUAGUACUAGUUAGGGAGCGUGUUAGUGCAUUGUAUUGAUCACAUGAACAGUGUAUGUACGCAGUUACUACUGGUCAAGUGACAUGAACAUCGGGUUUUCGACUGAGAAUACAUCUUCAUGUAUUGUUCAUAAUAAUAUCCCAAGCCUUAAUUCAGGGAUCACUCGGGCUCAGAUAUAUUGUGCAGGGUGUCUUUAGUCGUGUAUAUGGUCUACUGUUGUUGAUUGUAUGUAUACAGUAAUUUAUUGGUAUCUCCAUAUCUACAUACCUUAUAAGAUUUUAGCU